AUGGAGACAGAAUUCUUUCUUGAAAGCUGGGUCACCAACGACAGGGACGACGAUUGCACACUUAUCAUAGAAGGAGAGAAACUUAAACGACCUUUCGACAAGAUCUUUUCCGCAUUUGCGCCAAGCCCUCCGAGCCCUCCUUUCACACUUGACAACUGGUUGAACCCUGAAUGGUCCUUUUGA